AUGUUCUACAAAUCUCUCGCAUACUUUUUGUUACUAAUAACUAAUUCCUGUGAUAUAUAUGUUAAAAAUAGACAGUAUAAUGUAUUAAAAAGUACCACUCCUUUCAGGACAAUCCCAGGCUUAUACAAAUACCAGUUAAAUCAAGGAGAUGUUGAGAAAACCAAGUUUCAGCUACUUUCCCAGAUUUGGGAAAAGAUAUGCUUGAUAUCAUUGAUUACUAUGACCUUUAUUACUCCCAAUUUUCUACCAUGGUUAUGGAGUAUGGCAUCUAAAUUACGCGCUCAUUUUAAUAUAUUGAUCGUGCCACCAGAGGGAAAAUACGAAAAUAAAGAUUAUUUUAUAAAUGUUUGGACUAACAUUGUGUUUAUCUUUUUAUUGUUUAUGUGGUGUAGAAUGUUGUAUUUAAUCUCAACUUGGCUACCUAAGAAGCUUUUAGCUCAUUAUAAUUACUGGCAUGAUGCCAGUACUGUUACAACCACAUCUAGAUACAGUAAAGUUUUCUAUUCCCUUUUCUUUAUUAUAGUGAAUAUAUUUAUUUUAUCCAACGUUGUUUGUCAAAUUAUUAAUUACGAAACUAAAGUAACAACUGUUGUCUUUAUUGGCUUGUAUGCAAUUUUUGGGGUAUUAAUAAUCGGACUGGUGCUAUAUAUUACGCGAUCUAUUAUAUCUUUUUUUCCUAAGAAAAAUGUUAGAGAAUUAAAAGAUGAAGAUCCCAAGUUAUACCAAGAUCUAAAAGAACUUUUUAAUAAUAGCAAUUAUGGAUUUAAAAAUAAUAUUUGCGAUAUUUAUAUAACUGAACCUUCUGCAGUUGAGGAACAAAUGGUCGAAUUGCGUGGGAGGCCAUUGCAAGACAAAAAACUUUAUUUGGCGGGCAACAUGUUUAAAAAGUGUUGCGACACAAACGAGACAAAGAAAAGAGAGCAAAUUUAUGCACUUGUGUUAUUGGAGUUAACGAAGAAAGGGAGAAGAGGUGGCUACAUUUUCUAUACUUUUAUGGUCCCAAUUAUUUUAAUUAUAAUUGGAUUGCUAGUUUUUUUUGUGAUUUCUCUUCUAGUUAGCAAUCAUUAUGAGUCUAUUCUUGCCAGUUUCGGUUUUAUUUUUGAAAACAAUGACCAACGUUAUUCUAUUUAUAAUAUGGGAAUGAAGCAUUAUCCGCAACUUGGAAUAUUUGGCUAUUCAUUAAUCCUUUCCUAUCCCUUGAUUAGAAUGUGGCUGGUAUCCGUUUAUUGGAUUAAAAACAAAAAAUUUAGGUGUGAUAUGAUGGAGGUAGUUAACCAAGGGUGUGGUGAAGAAUUAUAUGAUGCACUGUUAAAUUAUGAGUUCAAUGGUGAACAUGACGAUACAACAUAUCCUGAUGAUAAAGUGAACUUAUUAUUAACUAUGGACCAUUUUUAUAUUUGUUAUUAUGGUACGUAUACAAUUGAAUCGUAUUUAUUUUUGAAUAAUUUAUUAAACACAAGACCAGAAGCAAAUGAGAAAUAA